AUGGUGAUUGCUGGGCCGACCGAUUAUUCGCCAAUGCGCGUUGGCGCUGCGUCGGUUGCGUUCGAAAGGCCACCGCCUGCCUCCGGAACGGGGACCAUGCCGACGGGCUCCCCGACGCUUCCUGCUCCGAAGCCCGUGACAGAAGACGCUGAAAUCCUUCCUCGCCCCGCACUGUCGUUUCGCGAGGCCCUGGCGUCUCUACCUGGCGACGGUGGUCGCCAGGCUCCCGUGCUGUCUGCACCUCUUCCUGUCGAGCCGCCUGACCCUCUCGCUGCGGCGUCUGAUGUGUCUGCUCCGUCUGGCGCUCUUCGAGCUGCCGACCCCGCCGCUCCGUCUGCGGCCGCCGAGCGGGCGGUUGUUGCUGGCGGCGUGACGGCCCAGCCGGAGGGGUCCGCCACCACUGACGUCCAGGGCCAGCCGGCGCUUCCCGCCUCUCCGGCUCCCCCGUCUGCACCGCCUCCGACGCUGGCACCUCCUCCGCUUGUGCAGGCGGGAUCUGCUCCUGCACUGGCCGUGGCUCUACCUCCCGCACCUCCUGUGAUUACACCCCCUGCACCGUCUGCGGGUGCUCCUCUCGUGCCGACUGGGGUUGCUCCUGUUGCCCAGCCUGUUGUUGCUCCGCCAGCUCCGCACGUGGCGGGUCUGUCUGCGCCGCCUGUGGCCGUUCCCGUUGCGCCACUGGUGGCAAAUCCCUCUGCGCCGUCCGCUCCGCGUCCGCAGUCUCCUGGUCGUCGUCAGCAGCGGCCCCAAUCUUCCGCGCUUGCGGCGUACCCUUUCUCGGCCCUACUGGGGCCUCAGCGUCUAGUCGCGGUUCCGGAGGUGACCCUUGGUCAGAUCUGGCGCCUCUCGGAGGCGCUGCGGGUCGUGCAUCUGGUGCAAGUGUAUGGUCAUGCCGCCCUGUCCCAGGGCGACUCACUGGUGGGCGGCCCUCGAGACGAUUGUUUCGCGGCAGCUGAUCGUCUCGCCGAGCUGCUAGCGCCCGUGUUGGCUGCGCCCGCGCCGGGUGGGCUUGCGGGGGUCGGGCCCCUUGGUUCUGCUGUACGUGGGCUGCGGUGGUUGUUGCAUGCAGGGACUGGAUCCGGGGCGAUCGCCGCAGGCACGGUGUUGGUGCGUGAGCUGCAUCGCACGCUGUCGGGGCUGCUUGCUGUGUUUGACGCGGAUCAGGUGUAG